AUGGUGAACAAGACCCUCAUCUUCAAGGAAAUCCCUGAGUCUGCGACCUACCCUAUCCCAGGCAAGCAUCUCACCGUUGAGGAUGCUGAGUACGAUGCCGAUGUCGCCACUCCCGAGAAUGGCGUAGUCCUUCAAUCCCUCUACAGCAGCUACGACCCCUACAUGCGGGGUCGUAUGCGUCCCGCCCACAUUCAGUCCUACUCUCCCGCAUUCCCUCUCGGCAAGCCCAUUGAAAACAACACCAUUGGCAAGAUCCUGCGCUCCAACAAUGCCAACUUCAAGGAAGGUGACCUGGUUAUCGGUUUCCUCCCUCUCCAGCAGUACACCGCCCUUGACACCCCAAACCUGGUCCGUAUCAAGAAGCUCGAGAACCCUCUGGGUCUGGAGGAUAUCCGUGUCUUCCUGGGUCCUCUCGGUAUGCCAGGAUUGACUGCCUACUCAUCUCUCUACGACAUCGGUAAGCCCAAGAAGGGCGAGACCAUUUUCGUCUCUGCUGCCAGUGGUGCCGUUGGCCAACUGGUUGGCCAGCUGGCCAAGCACGAGGGUCUGCGAGUAAUUGGAUCCGUUGGCUCAGACGAUAAGCUCAACUACAUUCUUAACGAGCUUGGCUUUGACGGAGGUUUCAACUACAAGAACGAGAAGCCUGCUGGUGCGCUGAAGCGUCUGGCUCCCGAGGGUGUCGAUAUCUACUACGAGAACGUUGGUGGAGAGCACCUCGAGGCUGCAUUGAACGCGAUGAACAACUUUGGUCGUAUCAUCUUCUGUGGUAUGAUCUCGCAGUACAACGAGGCUAGCUACCCUAUUCCCAAUCUAGUGCAGGUUGUUGCCAAGCGUCUCACUUGCCGUGGUUUCAUUGUUGGUGAUGCCAACAUGGGUCCUCUUUACACCAAGGAGCACCAGGAGAAUGUGCAGAAGUGGAUUAAGGAUGGAUCAUUCAAGGUUUUGCUCCACCAGACUGAGGGUAUUGAGAACUCUGCUGAGGGUUUGAUUGAUAUCUUCUAUGGCAAGAACAUGGGCAAGGCCGUGCUCAAGUACUAG